GGCUGGUAUUGCUGCUGCAUGCAACAGAAUUAAGAGUUGAUCCCCAAGUUGAGACAAGUAAAUUUCAUAGAGAAUAUAUAUAUUUAUAUAUAUAUAUUAUUAUUAUUGUUUUUGCCAAGUGAUUAUCAUUAAAGGCAUCAUGGUGGUGCUGAAGAUCUCCGUGUUUCUGGUGGCCUACACCCUGGUCAUCUGCCAGAUGUACUGCUCACAGGCUGCUCCCGCCAGACCGGGCAUGGAGUCCAUGAGUGAGCGCGUGACCCUCACCGACUAUGAGGCACGGCGGCUCCUCAACGCCAUCGUCAAAGAGUUCGUCCAGAUGACAGCGGAGGAGAUGGACCAGCAGGCGGUGGAGGGAAACAGCAGCGUUACAGCACAGAAGCGCGCCUGCAACACGGCCACCUGCGUCACCCACCGCCUGGCCGACUUCCUCAGCCGGUCGGGGGGCAUCGGCAACAGCAACUUUGUGCCCACCAACGUGGGCUCCAAGGCGUUCGGCAGGAGACGGAGGAAUGCCCAGGCAUGAGCUGGUGCUUGGUUUGUCCAGUGAUGAGAAGUCAAGCCAUGACAGAGUAGCGUCAGAUCAUAUCUUGGGGAAGAACAUCAACCACCGAAGACGUUGAAGCCUCCCUCCAUUCACUCUCUGGUAUUCCGGCUGAGAUUCUCCAGCCCAAACACUUCCCAGACUCCAGUAUUUUUCUCUUUUUCAAUCUCCAUAUCCCCUGUUUGUGAACCGUUUGCUUUGGCAAAGAUAGAAAAACUGUAAAAAGCACUUUGGUUAUGUAAUGAAGAAAAAUAUGGAACCCAAACAAAAAACUUAAAAAGAAAAACAUACAAAGCUAGAAAAGUACAACUGAUUUAUCUUUUUAUACAUGAAUUCCAUUGAAAAUAAAAAUGCAGCAGUUGUUAUCA